CCACAAUCCAACCCUGUAACUAUCACACCAUAAUUAAAUAUCCACCGCCAGAUCUUCGCGUGUCCACUGAACUCCACUAUCUCGAAGCACCACAUAUCCCCUCACUUCCACCUAGGUUUUUUUCCUCCCUCUUAAACCUUUUUCUUUUUCACUUCUCACCCUUCUUUAAAACGCGGCUCAGAAUUGUCGGCGGCGUAUCAGAGGGGAACAAAAAGAAGAGGCAAACAUGGCCGCACCCGAAGCUCCACUCUGCUACGUCGGCAUCGCUCGCCAAUCUGCUGCUUUUCGACUCAUGAAGCAAAUGGGAUGGGAGGAAGGAGAAGGGCUUGGCAAAGAUAAACAAGGGAUCAAAGGUUACGUUAGAGUUAAAAACAAAAAGGACACUACUGGUGUUGGAUUAGACAAGCCGAAUCCGUGGGCUUUCGAUACUGCACAGUUUGAUAGUAUUCUCAAAAGGUUGAAAGUGGAGCAAGCAACGCAAAACAAUGAUGAAGCUGACAAUAAUGAAAAUCAAGUAGAAGCCAAGAUGGAUGUGUCUAAUGACACGGAAGAACAAGUUGUCAAGGCUACCCGACCACAGGGAAGAUAUAAGAAAAGAGAGAGAGGGAAGCUUGUGCAUGCAUAUUCUUCAAAGGAUCUUGAAGGAAUUUUUGCCAAAAAGGGUGAGGAGUCAUCACCGGCAAAUCCUGAUGUGGGUGGUGAAAUGGAGUUGAUAGAGACAACUGAAACUCAGGAUUUUCCCACUGAAGGAAACAAAGCUGAAAGUGUUUCUCCAGAAUGGUGGGGCCAUAAAUUUGGAUUUGUUUCUGGAGGUUUUCUGGGAGAAUCUACCAGAAAGAAAUCAAUAAAAGCUGGAGAGUCUAAAAAUUUAACUGAGAGAACUGUAUUUUUCGAAGAUGACCAAGAGAAUCUCUACAAACUCGUGCAAGAUAAAGCCACAACUGGAAAGCAAGGCCUAGGCAUUAAAGAUCGACCAAAGAAAAUAGCCGGAGUUCACUUUCAGGGGAAAAGAACUUCAUUUAGUGAUAGUGAUGAUGAGAAUGCUGAUGAUUUUGGUCUUCCAGCAAAACGAAUGCAUGACAACGCAUUAGAAAUGGAGAGAGCUAAUGAACCAAAAUUGAAGUUGAAAAAGCUGUGUAAACAGCUUCUUCGUCAGGUACCUGGUGAGUCAUUAAAACUAAAACGACUAAAAGUUCUUGUUGAUAAACAGUCAUCCUCAGUUUUUUCCAACUAUUCUUCAAAGAAAGAGGCUCUUGCCUACUUGAAACGAAAGCUUGAAGGCAGUAGCAAGUUUUCCGUGGAGGGACAGCGGGUGAGUCUUACAUCAAGAAGCGGCUAAAUAAAUUUUGAUACGGAUCUGAUAUUCUUUUAGCUACCAGUAUAUACUGAGACUGAAUUAGUGCAUUUAUAUGCCUUGCAUUCAUUUUUUGUAGCGGCCAGUAUAUUUUUUGAAAUUUGUUCUUCAUUUGUUAAGAGUUAUGAGAGUUGCAUGGACGACAACAGGCAUGCUGGAAAUACUAAAAAAAUUUCAUAGAAUUGUCAAAGGCAUUGGAUAUUUGUACCUUGUAUAUCUCACCUUGCAUUUCCUCCUGUUUUUAUCAGUGAUUGAAUUUCGAGGCAUGAUUCUUCUCCGACAAUGCCUACUGUCAUUAGAUGUAAUUGCCUUGUACAAUUUUCUUUGCUAUAUACAUCACCAAGUAGUCGUAUCCGUGAAAAUAUAGAGCUUCGAAGUCUACUAUCUGACCAUUCUGCAUCAUUAGUGCCAACUCUUCCCUGUUAUUCUCCUGAUGAACACCAUUUUAACUCUUAAAAUAUGGAGAUGCUAGGUUAUAUACCAACUUCCUAGAAGGAUAUUGAGAACAUGAACUAGGGAUGGAUGUAGACUACUGCACCUGCAUGAUUUCUGAGGAAAUCAAGCUUUUAGCGAUUUGAAGGUCCCGUGGCUUUACCGGAGCUAAAGAUUGGUCAGGUAUCAGUUGUAGAUCAUCGCCUCGCAGUCCCAACCACGUAACGUUGCAAGCUGAAUGGUGCAUAGAAAACAAUUUCGGUUUAUAUCUUAAACAAGGAGAAAACAGGUGCAAAUUGGCUUGACUGCAGGAAAGUACCCUAUCUUUAUGCCUCUAGGCCCUUCCCUAAGCUUCGAAACUUGUAGGUAGACAAUAUAGCUAAUCCGGCUGGAUACCUAUAGAGGUUCAAGUUUGAAGCUCAUCAGUGUCAAUGGUGCACAGCUAUUGCUGUUCUCAAUUUCAUGAAUGAAGAAUUCGUGUGCGAGUAGGAUAAGUGUAAGGGGCAUAUACAAAGAGUCAUCUCAAACAAAAGAAAAUUGUGCUGAAACCAGUUUAUUAGAGGUCGGUAUCUACAGGAGAUCCAUACCAGUCAACUAGUGCUAAAAUUGGCAAAUCAGGAAAAGCCCGACUCAUUUGGUGAAGAAGAAAUCUAUAGGCAUUCAAGGUUGGUGAUUACAAUGAAAAAUCCAAAUGACAACAGGCUUAAGCUAGAAAAUGGUUAAAGCAAAUUCAUGAAACUAGUUGAAUUCGCAAACACUAUUGGUACCUUGUGGGUAUAUCUGGAUAACCUUUUGCUGUGAGAAGAAUGCUUGGAUCCUGGUUAAAUGCACGAUCCUCUACCAAUCGCUGAAAUAUUGCAUGCUUCAAAACAGAAUCAUGUCGAAUGCUGUUUAAUUGGAUGUAGAAAUCAUAUAUUCAUAAUG